AUGAGCAGCCAAGGUAGGAGAAUUUCUGCGCUCGCUUUAUCACAACGACAAAUUGUUAAAGGAUGCAUUGAUAAAGCGAAAGAUGAUAUUGCGGAAAGGAUAUACCGACGAGUUAUUGAAAAACGAGAUGAUUUCCGGAAAUUUGUUGAAGCACUUUCUGAGGAGCAACGAUGUAAAUUAGCGAGUGCAUUACGUAAUUUUUUGAAAAAUGUUGUAAGUCAAUUGACGGAUCGAAUAGCGGUACAACGAAUUUCGGAAGAUUUUGGUGCACAACAUGUACAGUAUCGUUCCUUUGGUUUCCGGCCAGAUUUUUUUGCUGUUAUAGCAGAUGCGGUUACAACGGAAUGUGUAUUGUUAGAUUUCGCUAUACACCCGCCAUCUGAGGCUUUAUUUGCUUGGUCAACAUUAACAACGUUUAUGUUCAGUUCCGUUCGUGAUGGCUAUUACAAUGAACAACGACGAGUCCGUAAAGCAUCACAGCAAUAUACAAAUCGUAGUAAAAUUCUCUUACACCAUGCAUCGAUCGAUAUAGUUAGGCAUUUGGACAAUGAGCAAAAAAACUCGAGCAUUUUAUAUAAUUAUUCAUCUGAAUAUGAUGCUGGUGAAAUGGAUGAAUUGGAAAUGAAUAAAAGUACAACAAAAAGAAUGGAAGAGGAAAAUGGACCGACAACAGAAAGAGUAGAAAUAUCCGAUAUAGGAAAGGAAUCGAAAAAUUCGCCUCAGGCUGAGAGAAAAAUGAUAUUCGAGAAGAAAUUUAUGAUAGAUGUCUACAGACAGCUUUUGAUAGCACUUCACAUUCGUCAUAAUUCUACUUUGGAGAUUAGAAUGCGAAAUUGGAGAGGUGUGUAUGUAUGGGGUGUUCCUGCACGUGAGUUUUUCUCGUGGAUUUUACGUGUAACGGGUGUUAUGAAUGGUGCUAAGCGACAACAAAGACCUAUACCAGAUGAAGCACCAUUUAAAGCUUAUGUUGGGAAUUUACCACUUGAUUUGGUUCCUGGUGACUUGGAUUCCCUUUUUGCAGACUAUGCAGUUAUUGAGGCAAAAAUGAUGCGUGACUAUGAGAAUGAUCGUUUCAAAGGUUUUGCUUACAUUGAAUUUCGAACUCGAGAGGAUUUGGAAAGAGCUCUAACUUUGAACGGUGUAGAAUACGAUGGGCGAGUAUUACGUGUAGAUGUAGCAGAUGCGCCACGUGGAAGGGAACGUAGAGGUGGUGGCCGUAGUAAUUUUGGUGGACGCGGUGGUAGUUCACGUGGUGGUGGACCAUCUUUCAGAGGUGAUAGCAGACGUGGCGGUGGAUCUAGUCGGUCUGGCGAACGACCUAACAGUAGGAGUGAUAAUUUUGGCCAUAUGGAUUAUGACAGGUCAGAUAGAGGUAGCGUUGGCCGCGGUAGAAGUCAAAAUGUCGAGUUCGUUGCACAUUCUAGUGCACCUGGUAGGCCUCAUUUAAACUUGAAACCACGUACUACUGACCCGGAAGAAUUGGAAAGAUUAAAGAAAAUCGAAGAAGAAGAAACAAGAAAACGUCAAGCACGUAUCUUUGGAGUGAAGGAAUAG